AUGGCACAAGACCAAUCUAGCUCUGUCAAUGUUUGGGUCGAUAGUGGCCCGCCUGACUACGUUAGCAGGCUUAUUGCUGGUUCCUUUGUUUCAACAUCAAUCAAUGGUGAUGACAGCCCUCGAGUGUUUAUAUACUGGACUUUGGAUGCGGAUAAGACGGGAUGCUUUGAUUCGCUCUGCCAGGGAUUCGUACAAAUCGACCGAAACGUAGGUCCUAAAACUCGCUUUGAGCCAGUGUCAUCUUUUGGUGGAGCAACAUAUGAUGCCAAAUUCGAUAUUUACCAGGAUUAUAUAACAAAAAAUUGGUGGCUUGUGAUGACAGACAAAAACAUUAGCGUAGGGUAUUGGCCAAGGGAACUAGUUCCUAGUUUGGAAAAUGGGUCUGGAGAUGUGGGAUGGGGAGGAAUUGCCAUGGCUCCAGAGAACGAAGAUGGGCCCCCGAUGGGGAGUGGCCAAUACCCAGAUGGCACGUAUGCACAUGUUGGGUACUUCAGAAACCUGCAUUUCAUGAAGGGUUGGCAUGAAGGACUUGGAUUGUCUGCCCUCCCAUUUCGGGCACGAGGAGAGCACCGAAAUGGAAAGACAGACAAUCCAAGUCCUUGGAUGAAACCAAGAGCUCCAAGAGAUGACGAUCCUAUGUGGGAGUACCCAGGAGAGUUAAGCUGUUAUGGCUUGCAAAAUGAUAAAGAUACUAGGGACAACUUUUGGGGCUAUAGAUUUGGUUUUGGAGGACCUGGUGGCUGUGGUUGA